AUGGAGCAUCUGAGCGCUCAAGACAUGGUCAACCAGAUCCGUCGCGACCAGGACCGCAAUGGACCUCCUCCGCGUCUCUGGCAGCUCAUGUACGAGCAUGACGGCAGCGAGUUCUACAUGGAUGUCGAGGAUAAAGACGUGAACGAGGCCUGGGCUGACUUUGUCGUGCGGGAGAGAAUGCCCCGCAGGUACAACAACGACGUCAUCAGGAAUGAGCCUUUCAUGAUCAGGAACCUGGUCAAGGCCUUCCGGAUGACGACGUACCAGAUCCCGCCGGGACAGCUGCGCACCGCCGCCAUCGCCUUCAUCGACACCUGGCGCACCAACCCGCGCAUCCUCGCGUCCAUCGCGCACCGCGAGUACGGCAAGGGCCGCGAGUUCCUGCAGAUGCACAACGUGCUGUUCCUCGAGUCCGUCCUGAUCGCCCAGGCCGUGGAGCGCGCCGCGGGCGAGAUGCGCACCUUGGACGACGACAUGGCCGCGCUCAAGGCGGCCGCCGCGACUGCCUUUGCCGGCAUCGAAGACAAGGUCAUGACCGAGGCCACGGACCACGUCGUGCCCACGCCCGCCGGCCGUCCGCUGGACCAGGUCGAGCUCCACGGCGCCUGCUACCUCAGGCUCAAGGCCGAGUACGAGCACAAGUUCCAGGCCAAGCUGGCCGAGAUGGAGGACUUUGUCAAGGAGUGGCAGAGCCGCUGCCUCACGCUCGCUUCGCUGGCCCCCGUGCCUUUUGUCGAGGGCGAGCAGGAUCUGGUUGUCGAUGAGGACUGGAUCGUGCUGUAG